CCCUUUUGUAAAGGAGCAUCUGCUGUUAUCUGCUGCUUGACCUGCGUCUUGCACCCGGCCAAACUCAGGUCAACGAGAUGGCCUUGGGAGAAACAAACGAUGCCUUUUCCAUGGGGAAAAGAUCAAAUCAAAAUGACAGAGACACCAGCAUCGAUGUCCCGUUUGUCCCCUAGACCCGCAAGCAGAUUACUGUGCCAAACAUUGCUAGCUCUGCCUGCAGCCACCUGCUCGUUUUCUUAUCUUUCAUCUCCUGGAUUAAUUAGCAUUGGGAAAGACUAGAGAAGAGAGGGCUGUCGACUAUAACCGAGCUGAGCUUUGUCACUGUCGAACGAGUAACACGGAAAGAAAACGACAAUCACUCGCACGGGAGGAAACAUGAACGCUGGGUAACACAGUGAUAACAACAUCUGACAGCCCGGACCUGGAUGGAAAACAGUGUAGUACUCUGUACUCCCCCAAUAGAGAAAUUCAGGAAAAACGGUAGCCAGUGACGUUCAUUCGACAGGAAAACUGAAGAAAAGGAAGGAAAAACCAAAGAACGCGCGAACCUCUUCGACCCGCCCGCUCGUGUGUCUCUCCCGUAUUCUAUUCUUGAGCAGGAAUUUCAAACAUGCAGAGAGCAGAGCAGGCAGGCCUCCAAAUGGCGCGGCACCCCGGAGCUGAGCUUCCGACAACCCCGCCCCGCCUCCCUCCCCACCCAAAAACUCCGCAGACCUCCAUGCGACAAAAACUUGCACACGCAUUCGCCUCUCGCUCUCGCCCCACCACCAUCGCCAUGCGCGCCACCGGGCGAGCUUGUUUCAGCGGAUAAUCAAGCAAGCUUCGUGUAUCCAGGCAAUGGCGUCGACGGGGAAGAAGAUGAACCAGCUCCCGGCCCCGGCGGGCCGGCUCUGGGAGGCCAGCAUCCGCAAGCUCACCACCAUCCGCCGCGGCGCCUCCGCCUUCCCCCCAUCCGCCGUCGCCGCCGUCGAGGGCCUCGACCCCGCCGCCGACACCACCUCCUACCGCUGCGCCGCCGCCGACGACACGGACAGCGUCAUCGAGAGCAACGACGCCGACACGGAAGAAGAAGAAGAAGAAGAAGCCGACGAGGACGAAUCCGCCGAGGCCGCCCCGCUCGGCGAGCCCAGCCAUGGCGAGCAGCUGCUCCCGAGCGGGGACUUCUACCAGGGCGACCUCCGCGGGGACCUCCCCCACGGGGGCGGCAAGUUCCUCUGGACGGACGGCAGCAUGUACGAGGGUUCCUGGCGCCGCGGCCGGGCCUCUGGGCGCGGCAAGUUCUCCUGGACGUCCGGCGCCACCUACGAGGGCGACAUGGCCGGCGGCUACAUGCACGGCCACGGCACCUACAUCGGCGAGUUCGGCGACACCUUCGGCGGCACCUGGGCCAACAACCUCCGCCACGGCCGCGGCACCCAGGCCUACGCCAACGGCGACGUCUACGACGGCCACUGGCGCGACGGGCUGCAGGACGGCCACGGGCGCUACAUCUGGCGCCACGGCCACGAGUACAUCGGCACGUGGAAGGCCGGCGAGAUGCACGGCUGUGGCACCGUUAUCUGGGCCGAGGGCGACCGCUACGACGGGUCCUGGGAGGACGCCCGGCCCAAGGGCCAGGGGACAUUCCGCUGGGCCGACGGCGGCAUGUACAUUGGCGACUGGAGUCAGGAGUCCUCCGGCGGCGCCACGCACGCCAAGGGCGUCUACUACCCGCCCUCCGGCGGCCCCGCGGUCCCUGUUCCCCGGGAGCCCCGCGACGCCAUUACCAAGCUGCUCGAGGAGCUCGAUGUUUGUGAGGGGAAGACGACGUCGCUGCUGCCGUCGCAGAAGAUUCUGACUUGGCCUGGGGUGGAGGCCGUGAUCAAGCCGCCCGUGUGGCGGCCGCCGGAGGUCACCGCCGCCGCCGCGGCCCCCGCCGAGCAAGGGAGGAUGUCGAGCGUGCGGCGGAGGAGCAGCGUGUCGGACAUGGACGCGCUCGCCGAAGGGGAGGACGGCGGCGGCGAGGACGCUAGCACGAGGGCGGACAGGGCAUGGUCGCGGACUCUGUCCUGCAUCCGCGCGCCCAAGGGGAAGAAGCAGGGGGAGACAAUUUCCAAGGGCCACCGGAACUACGAGCUCAUGCUCAACCUUCAGCUCGGCAUCAGGCAUGCUGUGGGAAGGCAGUCGGCGCCCAAUUCGCUGGAUCUUAAAUCAUCGGCGUUUGAUCCUAAAGAGAAGGUGUGGACAAGGUUUCCUCCCGAAGGAUCAAAGCACACGCCGCCUCACCAGUCGUGUGACUUCCGGUGGAAGGACUACUGCCCAUUGGUUUUCAGGACAUUGCGCAAGCUCUUCGACGUCGACCCUGCGGAUUACAUGAUCUCGAUAUGCGGGGAUGAUGCGCUCCUGGAGCUUUCAUCGCCCGGUAAAAGUGGGAGUUUCUUUUACCUGACCAACGAUGAUAAGUACAUGAUCAAAACGAUGAAGAAAGCGGAAGUCAAGGUACUUCUUCGGAUGCUUCCAGCCUACUAUAAACACGUUCGCGCUUAUGAAAACACUCUAAUAACCAAGUUCUUUGGUCUGCACUGUGUUAAGAUCACAGGAGCUAUUCAGAAAAAGGUUCGGUUUGUUAUUAUGGGGAAUCUCUUCUGCUCUCACCAUGCAAUCCAUCGGCGCUUCGACUUGAAAGGAUCUUCGCUUGGUCGCAUGACAGACAAACCCCUUGAUCAAAUCGACGAGACCACCACGCUCAAGGAUCUUGAUCUCAAUUUCGUUUUCCGGUUAGGAGGAUCCUGGUUCCAGGAUUUCUGCAGGCAAGUAGACAGAGACUGUGAGUUGCUGGAGCAGGAGAGGAUCAUGGAUUACAGUCUUUUGGUUGGCCUUCAUUUCAAAGAUCGAUGCAAAGACAGCAGCAAUACUGAUAGCGGGACGCCUACUACUGCUACUGAAGAUUCUGAACAAGAUAGAAAAGCACCAGCAAAACUAGGGAUUUGCAUGCACUCCAGGGUGGAGAACAUAGUGAAAAAUCCUGAAAGUGAAUCCCUGCUCAUCGGCGAACCGACAGGCGAAUUCCAAGACGUGAUCCUGUUCUUUGGGAUCAUUGACAUCCUGCAAGACUAUGAUAUCAGCAAGAAGCUCGAGCACGCAUACAAAUCCAUGCAGUAUGAUCCCAACUCCAUAUCAGCGGUCGACCCGAAGCAGUACUGCAAGCGGUUCCGGGACUUCAUUUUCAGGGCUUUUGCAGAGGAUGUACAGUAAUUACUUCAUUGACAAAAAGGGGAACACAAGAUUUACCGAAGAGAGCAGACCUUAACAGCUGGAUGGUGAUUAUUCUUUGCCCACCAUCCAAUAUUCUUCUGUAGGUAACAUAAUUGAUACUUUCUGUUGUAGACCGCAGCACGUCAAUGUUGCAGCGGUUUCUUCUUCUCGUAUGUGUUUAUAGAUUUUGUACAUUUUCCGAAUCUUCUCUGUUCCUAUGUAAUUAGAUGUAGGAUAACUGUACUCAUGCCAAUUGGUAUGAAAAGGAUGUAGAACAGAGAUUGCUGUUUAUGUAACCAUUGCUUACUUGUGUUCCUUUUCUUCCAAA